CGCCUCUCGAUCCCCGAUCUCGCCGCCGCCGCCGGUGCCUGCGCCUGCGCCGGCGCCGGGCUGGCCUUCUCGUCGAGCCAGAUAUACGUAUUAACUCUGUGUUAAGCAACACAGCUAUUUCUCAUCAAGGAUCUUGGGAGUUUUUGAAAAAGUUUGCGUGAUGGAGUUGUCAAAUCAAGGGCAGACACCCAUGUCAACUACCAUGGGUUCUCAACCAUUGCCUUCUUCAAAUAUCCAACCUAAUCAGGCUGAGUAUCCAUCUAUGCUUUAUCCAUCCUUGCCUGCUGAUUGGGGUGCACAGCCAAUGUUUUCCAUGGGAGCUUCUGUACCAAUUAGCUCUUAUUAUAUUGUUCCUAUGAGUCAACAGUCAGUCCAAAUUGGUGCUUCCAGGCCUGAUACUCCACGUUCUUCAGGGCCACAAUCUCUAAGCAGAGUAUCAUUGAGGCCACCACAGCAAGUACUAAGUAUUCGAACAUCUUUGCCAACAAUGGCUGGAUCACAACCCUCGCCUGCCAGCAAGAAACUGCAAUCAUCAGUUGCUUCUCCAAAGGUUCAGAUGCUGAAAUCUACACAAUCACAGUCAUUGAACAAACGUUCUGCACAAAAGGAGACACCAUCAAGGGGUCAAACUCAGCAAUUGGAAUCUGUGAGAUCAAAGUUUAGGGAGUCACUUUCUGCUGCUCUGAGAACAGAUUCUGAUCACCGGAAUAAGAAUCAAUCAUCUGAGAAUGUGCAGCCAGAUGGGUCUGCAGACCAAAAGAAACAGGUGGAGGUAGACACAGAUCCAGUGUCGACCACUUCUCAAGGCGUGAGCUCAGCCAAGUCGGAAGUAUUGACGAGUGUUGAUGCUGAGAGACAUGAGGAAAAUAAGAAGUUGAGCAACGAUUUAGUUUCAAACACGGUCACACCAACAAAUGCUGACACCCAGCAACAGCCAGAGAAUGUUUCUUUACAAGAUGAUGUUUUAGGUCAAUAUACAAUUGUCGCCGAUGAACUCUUGCAAGGUCAUGGACUUUGUUGGGUUUCUGAUUUUGAUGCUGGGAUCUCUGAGACUUCCACACAACCUAAUUUAAAAAGGUCCAGGACUUCUGAUACUGACCCUAGUGUUGCAGACUCUCUCUCGGAAUCUGAAUUGAAAAGAAUGAAGUCUUGCAACGAUGAUAAAGCAAUAAAUAAGAACAACAUUAUUCAAAAGGCAGAUGAUUUGGCAUUUAGGAUUGAAGAGGAGCUGUUCAAACUAUUUGGUGGAGUUAAUAAGAAGUAUAAGGAGAAAGGCAGAUCUCUUCUAUUUAAUCUAAAAGAUAAAAGUAAUCCUGAGUUAAGAGAGAGGGUCUUAUCUGGAGAUAUUACACCUGACCGCCUCUGUUCAAUGACUGCGGAGGAACUUGCUUCCAAGGAGCUCUCACAGUGGCGAAUAGCUAAAGCUGAAGAACUUGCACAGAUGGUUGUCCUUCCUAGUACCGAGGUUGACGUUAGACGUUUGGUUAGGAAAACACACAAAGGAGAAUUUCAAGUUGAAGUAGAAGAAACAGAUGGUAUCUCAGUGGAGGUUGAGCUUGGAGGCAAUCUUCUUACUCAAGUUCCAUCAAAAGCAUCUGAAGGUCGGACCAAAUCAGAGGAUAAAGAAGGUACAGACAAUAAAGCAGGCGCACAAGAAAAAGAAAAGGCACCCGAUGGGACUUCACAAGAUGAGGAUAAUGUGACAGGCGACAAAGACCUCCAAGAUGAUUCAGAAUACACAGAUAAUGAGAAAAGUGAUCUUAUGCAAGAACUUAUGGUGGAUGACUUGAAAGACACCGAGAAUCUUCCACCAAUUCCUUCACUAGAUGAAUUCAUGCAAGGUUUAGAUUCUGAACCACCUUUUGAAAAUCUCUCAGUUGGGACGCCAGAAGAGGAUUCAGAAGAUCGAGACGAAGCUGACACCACCGUUGAAUCUGAGGAAUUUCCUGAGAAGGAAGUUAAGGUUUCUGCACCAGAGAAGAUUGGAUCUGAAGCUGAAUUGCCAUCUUUGCAGGAUAAGGAUAAACGUGAGUCCAAGUUAGAGUCACCCAAACAUGAGGUGGGUUCAAAUUUGGGCCCUGCUGAGCUGUCUGAAGGGAAGCUUAUAAAAUCAUCCCCAGAUAGAGUUGAUGCCAAACAAACAAGUGCUGAAAAAAUGUUGAAUCAUGAAUCUGCCAUUCAUAAUAAGGCAACUACUAUUCCUAUCAUACGUGAGAGUAUAUGGGAGGGUGCAAUUCAACUUACCAUGUCUUCGCUCACAAAUGUUGUUGCCAUCUUCAAAAGUGGUGAAAAGCCACCAGUAAAAGAAUGGCGGAGCUUUGUUGAAAUCAAGGGGAGAGUGAAACUUAGUGCCUUUCAAGAGUUCGUUGAACAGCUUCCCAAAUCUAGGAGCCGUGCUAUAAUGGUAACUGAGCUGUGUUGGAAAGAGGGUUCUCAGGAGAGUGGUCGCCAACACCUCUUGCAGACAAUUGACUCGUAUGUUUCAGAUGAGAGAGUAGGAUUAGCUGAACCUGCAGAAGGAAUAGAGCUGUACUUGUGCCCUUCUCAAGGGAAAACUGUGGAGAUUCUCUCUCGGCAUCUUCCAAAGGAGCAUUUGGAGAGCCUUGUUGUGCCUGCAUCCUCCAUCAUCGGAGUCAUCGUCUGGCGGAGGCCCAACAUUCCCAGGAUGUCUGGCCACCCUAGGCAUGAUAGUUCCAGGAGGCUGUCGAUUCUAAAGAAACCGCAGGUUACCGGUUCUACCUCAGGUCCUAGGCCCUCCUUGCCUAUGAACUCGCUCGGCGCGCCGCCAGGCUUUCCAGUUCAGCGUCAUCACCCCCACGAGGAAGAUGUAACUGAUGAUGUCCCCCCGGGCUUUGGCCCUGGUGUUGCUAGGGAUGAAGACGAUCUUCCUGAAUUUAAUUUUGUUAACUCGUCCAAUCCUGCUGCUAAUGUAACAACCCAGGCCUACAAGGGCCGGCAGCAUGUACACCCUUCCUCUGCUCGCCCGGUAGAGCAAAUGAGGGAACUGGUUCAGAAGUAUGGUAAAAGAUCAUCUGUUCAGGCUCGUCCUUGGGAUGAUGAUGAUGACGAUGAUAUACCAGAAUGGAACCCCAACCAGCUUAACCAACAGCCAACAAGGCAGCAACAACUCCCAGUUGCACCAACUCCACCGCCGCCACCACCACCCCCGCUUCAGCAAAUGCACCCCUACCAGCACCAGCAGCAACUUUUCCACCAAAAUGCAGUGCAGCCUCAGAUUCCCAGCAACCCUCUUCCCCAGGCUUACCUCCGGACCACCCAGCAGCAGCCUAUGCAGCAACUUUCUCUGAUGCAGCAGCAGCAGCAGCAGCUUCAGCCGGCGCAGGCCUGGCAGCAGCCUAAUACUUGGUGGCCGGCGCAGGGCGGCGCGGCCACCGGUGCCGCCGCCGUCGGCGCGGUGGCUCCGGCGAGCAUGGUGCAGCAGUCCCAGUAUGGUGUGAUGCCUAACAGUAAUAACAGCGUGCAAGGCUAUGGCUCCGGGAGUGUGGGCGGAAUGGCAUGGAGACCGAGAUAGAAAGAACCUGUAAAACUUGAAAUCUAUGUUCUUUGUAGUUUGUGGUUACAACCUGCGAGCGUCCGUUGUAGGGUGGCUUCUUUUUCUCUCUUAGUUCUCCGAUUCAUGUAAGUAUGAGUCAGCCGUGUACACCCAUACAGGGGAUGUAAUUUGGAUAAACUAGAGAUAGCUGUGGGUUGUAUUCAUAAUCGUAGGGAAAAAAAGUUUACUCUUUGUUUUGGACCUCUCCCUCUCCGAAUCAGUUCGUAAGCACUUCAAAUAAUAAUUUAAACGACAAUAAUGUACUGCAAAACCUGCUUGGUUUUAAUUAAGUGGCAUUCAGUGA